UUUUUUUUUUCUCUACUGUUUCCAGCUCUGCCGCUCCAGCUGCUUCCUUUUCUCGCCAUCGCUCCAUCGCUCCGUCGCUCCACCGCCAUCAUCGGGUGCCUGCUCUGCUCGCCCGUCCUUCGACUCGCCUGCCUACCCGCCUGCUACUCGACUGCAUCUGCAGAGCCGCAUCUGAGCGCUCCCGCCCAUCCAACACGACCAGCAUCAUGAAGCUCUUCGAGUCCACGCAUUCGUUUCCGCACUCUUGGUCGACCCUCACCACCGCCAACUGGCGCAAGUACCCCAAUGAGCUGUCGCAACACGUCAUCGCCUGCGACGUUCUCUCGAGAGAGAUCGAUCCCGCCACCGGCGUUCUCCGCACCGAGCGCCUGCUGACAUGCAAGCAGAACAUCCCAUCGAUCGUCCACCGGCUCGGUCUGCCGGUGCCUCAGUGCAUGUACUUUCUCGAAGUCUCCUAUCUCGACCCUGCCGCCCAGACCUACACCGCCGUCUCGACCAAUCUGAUGAUGCGAGGUGUCCUGACCGUUGAAGAAACGUGCAAGUUCCGCCAGGUCGAAUCGGACCCAUCAUCGACGCAGUUCGACCAGAAGGUCUCCAUCACCGCCUUGGGCGCUCUCAGCACCUUUGCCCGCCUCGUCGAAGACGCCGCCAUCAACCGCUUCAAAUCCAACGCCCAUAAAGGCCGGGCAGCUCUGGAGUCUGUUAUUGACAAGGUCGUUGACGAAGCUCGGGCGGUCGAGUCUCGCGUUGCUGAAGGCCUAGAGGGGCUGCGGAAGGAUCUGCAGCACGGAUGGGCUGGCGCCACUCACCAGAGCCAACCUGCUCAAUCGCGGAACUGAACCGUGCCAUGUCGCCGAUCCCGCCCAAUCCCAACCGCGGACUGCACGUCUUUGGUGUCUGGCUACGAGCUCACCACCGACCUGCCGACUCACCACCGGCCCACCAACUCAUCACCGACCCAC